UACACAUAUUUUGUGGCAUUUCUGAUACAAGAAAGAUGGAUAAAAGAUGGAGUCUUCAAAGUAUGACUGCUCUUGUCACUGGUGGAGCCAGUGGAAUCGGGUAUGCCAUAGUGGAGGAGUUAGCUGGUUUUGGAGCAAGAAUCCAUGUAUGCGACAUAUCUGAAGCUAAGCUCAAUCAAAGUUUAAGCGAAUGGGAAAAGAAAGGGUUUCAAGUGAGUGGCUCAGUCUGUGAUGUAAGCUCUCGUCCUGAGAGAGAGAAACUGAUACAAACCGUCUCCUCGCUGUUCGAUGGCAAACUCAACAUUCUAGUAAACAAUGUUGGGGUAGUUCGUGGGAAGCCAGCAACAGAAUAUGUGGAAGAAGACUUCUCUUUUCACAUGUCAAUAAAUGUGGAAGCUGGUUUCCAUUUUAGCCAGCUUUCACAUCCUCUCUUGAAGGCUUCAGGCAAUGGAAGCAUCGUCUUUGUUUCCUCUGCUUUAGGGAUUGUAUCACUUAAUUCUCAAUCCAUUUAUAGUCUGACUAAAGGAGCUUUGAUUCAGCUAGCUAAAAAUUUGGCAUGUGAAUGGGCAAAAGACGGCAUAAGAGCCAAUGCUGUUGCGCCGAAUAUCAUCAAGACUCCUAUGGCUCAACCUUAUCUUGAGGACUUAAGUUUCAAGGAAGGAUUGCUCAAAAGAACUCCACUUGGUCGCGCUGGAGAGCCGAAUGAAGUUGCAUCACUAGUGGUCUUCUUGUGUCUACCUGCAGCAUCAUACAUAACUGGUCAAACCAUUUGUGUUGAUGGAGGUCUCACUGUUAAUGGCUUCUCUUAUCAGCAAGAGGCUUGAGAAUGGUCAUGUUUCGUUUUUGUCUUGAUUUCAUAAACUCCCUAUUGGCCUUGUAACCUGUGAAACGAUGUUUGAUGCAUGGCAAGCUCAACAUUCUUAUAAGUUAAUCUUUAUUUAAAGAACCUACA